CUGGGUACAUACAUACAUAACAUAAGAGAAUAGAAAGAACAUUUAAAUAAGAUUAAGAAAAAAAAAUACUUAAGUCUUCAGAUGUUUAUGUAUAUUAGGCCUUUUCUUUUUUUGAAUUAUGUACAGCUGUGUGCAUUAUGUUAUGUUGAGUCAUUAUUUGCUAGCCUGCAUGAUGGGAUGUGUGACGUGUCAAAUGGUUUGUUUCAUUAACAGGCGGAUUUAUGGAACUGAAUAAAAGCAGGUAUAGGACUUCUGUCAUGCAUAUGAGAUUCCAUGGGUGGGCUCAAAAGCCAGUAAGAACACGCCCAGAUAUAUAAACUACAGUAGGAGGAUGAAGGGGUCAGAUCACCCAGCUUGACACCGGCGCAUCUCCUCUACUUGUGCCGCUAUGCGGACUCAAAACAACCUGGAUACACCUUGAAGGUGGAUCUACACCUGUGGGCAAAAGUAUUCCUGUUGGAAAUACAUUGCAAACUGAUUUAACUUGCUAAUAGGCUGGCUAUUCAAGUUGAAAGUUCAGUUUCUCGUUACUUUUGAGCGAAAACGAGACAGGACCAUCAUGAGCAGAAAAACUCGACGUUGGAUAUUUCACAUUUUCCUUUGUCUCGGAAUAAUCUACUUGAAAAUGGGGGGAUUCUCCACCGUAUUGGCGCUGGGAGCGAGCAUCAUAUGCAACAAGAUCCCGGGACUGGCGCCCAGGCAGCGGAUCAUCUGUCAGAGUCGGCCGGACGCGAUCAUCGUGAUCGGAGAGGGCGCGCAGAUGGGCAUCAAUGAGUGCCAGUUUCAGUUUAAACACGGCCGCUGGAACUGCUCCGCGCUCGGCGAGAGGACCGUCUUCGGAAAAGAGUUGAAAGUGGGCAGUAAAGAGGCAGCUUUCACGUACGCCAUCAUUGCAGCAGGAGUGGCCCAUGCCAUUACAGCCGCCUGCACACAGGGAAACCUCAGCGACUGCAGCUGCGACAAGGAGAAGCAGGGAUUCUACGGCCAUGCCAAUGGCUGGAAAUGGGGCGGCUGCUCGGCUGACAUCCACUAUGGCCUGGGUUUCUCCAAAGUUUUUAUGGAUGCUAGAGAGAUAAAACACAGUGCCAGGACGCUUAUGAAUCUGCAUAACAACGAAGUAGGAAGAAAGGUCCUAGAAAGGAAUAUGCGGCUGGAGUGUAAAUGUCACGGUGUGUCUGGAUCAUGCACCACCAGAACCUGCUGGAUGACCCUCCCCAAGUUCCGUGAGCUUGGGUACAUCCUCAAAGACAAAUACACCAAUGCUGUCCACGUGGAGCCAGUGAAAGCCACGCGCCACAAACGACCCACUUUUCUCAAGAUCAAAAAGCCCUACUCGUACCGCAAGCCCAUGGACACAGAUCUGGUCUACAUUGAGAAAUCACCCAACUACUGCGAAGCUGAUCCCAUGACCGGCAGCAUUGGGACUCAGGGGCGCGUUUGCAAUAAGACGCUGAUGCACCAUCCCAACGGCUGCGACCUCAUGUGUUGCGGUCGAGGAUACAACACGUAUCAGUAUUCACGUGUGUGGCAGUGCAAUUGCAAGUUUUUUUGGUGCUGUUAUGUCAAAUGCAACACUUGUAGUGAGAGGACAGAGGUGUACACAUGUAAAUGAGCAAUGACUGUUUGACCUUCUGCCUAGUUUUUGACAGGGUCUUUCACCCUGACCUUAAAAGAUGAUUCAAUCAGGUGGCAAUUGUUCUUUUGCACAAGACCUUACUUUAGACAUGCUUCCUUGACUUUAAUGGACGAUCAUCAAGAACUCUGGAGAAAGAAUUCAUUGUGAGAAGGAACUGAAAAGUUUAAAUUGCUCUACUUCUGAUGCCACGCAGUUUUACCUGCUUUCUUCACUAAAUAUAGAGCGUGACUCGGGGCUGAAGGAUCCUGAAGCUAUCUGGAUUCAAAUAAGGCUCUCUUGUCUUCGACCUGCUGUAAGACUGAUAACAACUACCUGCACCUUGAUCUUACCAAUGGAGCUUACUGGGACAUGGACAUCUUGCAGGCAUGCAAUGGAAAUUAUGGAACAAAUAUUCCAAUAGAGCACAACAGCAGGGUUCCAGAAGUAAAUCCUAUUCAUCUUCUCUGAUAAUGUAUGACCUUUCAAAACAGACCUACCAUGAGUGUUGAUGUUGUCAUGCAAAAUAUGCUUCUGUAGAAGCUACUAGUCAAAAUGGAUUAACUGCCAAAUUUUUGCCAAAAGACCUACACUUUAUUAUGGAAGCUUGUUUCCAACACUUUUUUUUUCUCACAAUUGCAAGUUGCAAGUUGAAAAUCUCACUAUUCUGACUUUUUUUCUCAGAAUUGCGAGAUAUAAG